AUGAUAUCCAGGAUACUUGAAUUAUUAACAUUUUUCACAAUUUCUUUACUGUUUUUGCCGAGAAUCGAAGCGGUAACGAAAUGCGUGCGAGCACACGGCCAAGUACACUGUGCCACUGAUGUUUUCCGACACGAGAAAGUCAAGAUUUCACUCUACGAUCACGAUAGCCUUCCCUGGGAAUCCGACGAUUUAAUGGGCAGAACUUAUUCAGAUGAUGAGGGACGAUUCAUGGUCGAGGGGUGUGGAGACGAUUUUGGUCCGUGGAAUGAGCCCGAUCCUUACAUUGUUGUCGAGCAUCGUUGUCCACUCCAAGGACAUACUGUAGCGAUUACGAGAAGGAAAACUAUUGCCGAGGUGUGGAAAACGUUUAUGCCUCAGGAGACAAAUGUCGGAGUGAUUCGAUUGGAUUUGAACCAAGAUGGG